AUGGACCCAAAGACUUCCCUCUCAGCACCUGCUGCACCAGCGCUACCGCCAAAUGUCACAAUCUUCUCGCCAUCCAAAUCCAGCACAGCAAAAGCCCUCCUCAACGGCAGUAUCUUUACACGACUCACAGCCAAUGCCCAGACCGAACCCUCAAAGCUCAAGGCCGCUCUCAGAGACGUCGCUAGACCCGAGGUCAACGACACCUUCUGCUUCAGCCACCGCAAUAUUGUAUUGAUCUUCGACGGCAAGAAAGAUGGGGACGAUGCUACGGAUCAGCACCACGAGCACUUCCGCCUCGUCUGCUUGGCACUCAAGGACGCUGAUAUCAGUCUUGAUGUUGCUGGCUGCAUUUUCGAUGCUCCCGAGGUCUUGCAGGCUGGCUUCCAGUUAGAUACGCUCAGCUCGGGUUCUAUUCUGGUCAUCGACUUGAUGGGCGGGGACGAUGACGAUGAUGAUUCUGACGAGGAUGAUGAGGCUGCGGCUGAGAGGUUGCUUAUGAGUGGGGAUUCGGGCGCAACGAUAUCUUGA